GGGAGUGCUUCCGGAGGGAAAGGGGACGAGCGUGAAUUAUCUCGAGACUUCAAUGAUCCGUCUACCUCUGUUGUCUGUGAGCUCUUUCAGCCUAGCAACCUCACCAUCACCGCUUCAAAGACAUGUCCGACGUAGUACCCGACCCAAGUCUCGAUCAACCUGCGAAGAAGCGAAAGCGAUCCGGCAAGGAGCGUCAACAGCGAAAGGCAGAGCUCAUCGCGGCCGCUGCAGCUGCAGCUGAAGCUGAAGGCGAAGCAGCCGGGCCUGCCCAGGGAGAAGAUGUCGCUGCGUCAGAAGCGAAGUCGAUCGAGCAUGCAGUAGAGGAGGGUCAGGACGAAAAUAUCGAGGCCGAAGGACCGAUAGAAGUAGAAGCGGAAACGGUAGAGAAAGAUACGGAGCCCGCUGGGGACGUUCUAGAUUUGGACAAGGUUCAGGGGAGGAUCCAACAAGGUCUCAAGUCGAUGCUACCCGUGUUGAAGCGAGCCAAGACCUCCGAGACCCAACGCUUGAUCAAGAAGAUCAAGUUUCUGAGGAAGAAGGCUGUAGAUGGCGGGGACGCAGAGCAGGCAGUCAAACAAGAGGUGCUCGAUUUGGAACAGCAGCUGGAUAUCAUCAAGCGCCUCGAGCUCAGCGCACUGGUCCAACCCCUCCUCUCCCUCAAACUGCGCAAACACCCUCGUCUCAAACAAUCCCUACCUCUCCCACCCGACUUUUUCCCCGAGCCCACCAAGCCUCCUGCCGCGUCGUCAACCCUCCAGAUCAAAGUCGAGAACCGCUUGUACUCGUCCAAACCUACGAGCGAUGCCAUCGUCGCUGUUGUCAACUGGGUCGUGGGAGAGGAUGGAGCUAGUCUCAAAUAUGCCCAUAACAAGGGCGCGAACGCUGCAAACAAGGCCAAAAGCGCAAAUGCGAGCAAGUCGGAAUCGACCGCUGCUGGUAUGACGACGGUGGAUGUCGAUAUGGACGCGAGCGAAGACGAAGACGAGAUUGGGAAUACCAGUGUAGCGGUGCCAGACGAUCAGGCGGAAGAGGAACAGGUGGCCGUCAAGAAGAUGCAAGAGCAAGUUGCCGCUGAAGAGAUGGCAGCCGAAGCUGCAGGGUGGGAAUCUGGGUCGUUGGCGGGCGAUGACGAAGAGGACGACGGGGACGACGACAGCGCUUCAGAGGAUGGUGAUGAUAGUGACGAUUCUGGCGCCAUCGAUUGGGAUGCUCCGGAAUGGGAUGGACUACCUGCGGGCGAGGACGAAGAAAGCGAAGGAUCUUCAGAUGAAGUCGAGCCCAAAGUUGCUGCAACGACAGCAUCGACCGGCAAGAAACCCGUCGACGCUCCUGCUAAACAGCCGGCCCUUCCUACUAAAAAGAAGGAAAAAGCCAACGACACCCCGGCGGACAAGGCCAAGCCCGUCCGAGCGUCCACGGCAACGAUCACGUCUUCCAUGUUCUUGCCGUCGUUGAAGACCGGGUUUACCUUGGGCGAAUAUGAUAGCGAUCCGGACGAGGACGAUAGGCGGGACAACAAGCGACAAGGUUUGAACCCGAAUGGCGAGCGAAAGAACCGAAGAGGUCAGCGAGAGCGACGAUUGAUCGCCGAGAAGAAAUACGGUUCCGGUGCAAAUCACGUCAAGAAGGCCGCCCAAUCUGCAGAAGGUGCGGCCAAGUCUAAUCAGGCUAGACAGUUCUUACAAAACCAGGGAGGCCAGGGUACCCAAGCCGGAGGCAAAUGGAGCAAGGGCGCCGUGGGCGAUAAGGGCUGGGGAGGUCGACAACCCGGGUCUGACUCUACACGGGCCCGGGCAGAACCUACGUCCUCUGCGCCCGUUCGACCGGCCGUACCCGCUACCAGACCUGUGGAAAAGGUCGCCGACAAGCCGCUUAAAGCUGAACAUCCUUCUUGGGAGGCUGCAAGGUUGCGUAAACAGAAAGAAACGCAGAUGGCCAGUGCGGCGUUGUCGGGAGGUGGACAGGCCGCCAAGCCGAAGAAGAUCGUCUUCGAUUGAUCGUGCUGAUAGAGGGAUUUUGUAUUUGUACCUGCAUAAUGUACUGGGAGGGUUUCCAUGAAUACGUUCUCUUGUGGUCCGGAUCA